AGACAGGCCUGGCGUAGCUAAUUAGUAAGUAUCGACCCUCUCAAGCGUUACGGCUUCUUUUGCGGAGUGGAGAAGACUAAAGCAACGCGUGUGUUGUCAACCGCGAUCCCACUUCUCAGAGCCACGCGUUCUUUCCCUACUUCGUCUUCGAGGACGUGAGAAUAAGGGGAGAGCGAUGGAUUGCUUACGCCUUCCUUCCACGGGCACAACUCAAGGAUCAUGCUGAAGCGCAUUGCGGUGUUUAUUUGCAAAAGCUGGUGUUUUAUUUCAGACUGCAAAAGCCUAAGCCUUUGCCUCCCUGCACAGCAAUAUCAACCAUGACCCGUGUGACUUUCGUGGAUACGGCGGAGCGCAAGGGUUCCUGCGACAGCACCGGCGCCAAGUCUGUGUGUCGGGACUCCCCUGACACAAGUCCAGCGCGAAACGCGAUAAAGCCGUGGGAGCCAAAGCCCCGUCGCAGCACCACCAUACAAAUCACGUUCGCUCGAGAAAGGAAUGCAAAUCCAAGCGUUUACGGCACCGUUCCGGACCUGCCCGCAGGAAGCACUCGGGAACGUUCCCGAGCCCUCAUCGCACAAACGCGACGACGUAAGCUUUGCCUGUUUUUGAGCAAGAAGUAAUAUACGCCCAUACAAAAAAAUGCACUGGUCUGCGCAGCAGACAAAAAUGAAGAAUCAUAGUUUAAUCCACCACCCUACCAGGAGGUGUGCCGCAGGGCAACGGGCUCGCAAUCGACUUGACCUCGGAUGCGACGGAGAUGAAGCAGCUGGCGGAAGCGAUCGUGGACGACGAAAGGACGGCCCAGAUGGCGGCCAGUACCGCCUACCAGGCCAUGCACGCGACGCGGAUGUACCACGAGCCCGAGAAUCCGCAGAUUGUCCGCCCGCUCCUCGGUUCUUCUUGCUACGACAGCUUGCUCUUCGACGCGGAUCUACAAGACGCGUACCGCUUCGAACAGGCGCUGCGCUCGGUGGGUGCGAAUGUACAGGCGAGGGAUUGUGUGGGAGGUACUUUUUUUAGGCUGCUUUUCUAAGUAGUUUUGCUGAUGGAGCGACAGCGACUGAUAGUACUGAUCCUGUUAUAAUGUAGAAACUGGUUCACUAGUGUCCAUUUACAUUUUCAUGAUGUGCCGCGAAAGUAAGUAGACGCAGGAGGCGAACAUGACAAACGAUCAGGUCACGCUUUGAUCCACCUGUUGGCCCUAUGAGAGUGCACAACUCCCCUUCCCCCUCAUUUGUAUAGCAUGAACACCAGCAAUACAAACAUCAGCACGGGUGGAGGCUACGCAUGACAAAUUUGUGAACCUAGUAUAGUUCUGUUUGGGCAGCAUCCGGAAUUUGUCAUGCAAACAGUGCUACAAGGCAGCGUCUGGAUUUGAGAUUUUGCAUGACAAAUGAGGGCGGGACGGGGGAGUUGUGCACUGUUAUAGGCCCGUUAUGCGGACCGACCCGGUGUUACGGACAACUGGUUCCUGGACCGGGUGAAAACUCUGCGGAAACGCUAUCGUGAGGAAAAAUCCCCCCUCCCCAUAUCGAAACGAAGUUUCUGAUGCUGGAUUUCCGUACACAAAUCAGAUUUGUCUUGCAGUAGAGGACUGCAGGCAUAUGUCAAGCCUCAGUCGAGAGGUUUUGACGUAGGCGCCUAGCAUGACAAACGUGUAUGCUCUAAGCCCAACAGCAUCACAAACCGCCCGGAAAAUGCGGGGCGCUCUCUGGACUUGCCUUCUUGCAAGACAGACAGGAUUUGAGGUCACAAAUGCGCAUCACAAAUUUUCAGACGGAUACGUUUUCAAUAUGGGGAGGGGGAGUUUUUCCUUACGAUAAACGCGGGAGCGACAACCGCUGCGCGGUAGACUCCUUGGGUGCAGCGCCGCUGCUCGCCGGCUUGGAAAUGUAUUCGCUGCUGUUCACCCGUGCUUUGCUGCGCACCGAGCUCGGCGAGACCUGGUGCCGCCAGCACUUGAUCGCCUGUCCGCUGUACGCGAUGAAUAAUGGCGAAGAACUACAGGCUGAAAAAGGAUCGGGAAAUAAUGACUCAGCCUCAUCGGCUUUCCCUUCCUUACAGCAGCGUCGGGCCAAGAUGCAGCAGCAAACGAAACUGCUGUCCGCGCUGAAGAAGAACUACCUCGCCGCAACAGAAAAAUUACACCCAAGUCGAACUGCAGGGGGAGAAGUAGCACCACAGGUCGUGUCUACUGCAUCUACUUCCGGUUGUUCACUAGCUGGUACCACCAUUCCGGGGUUGCUCGAGAUGAUGCAAAGCGGUGCGGCGGCGCCGAUUUUGCGCCAAGUUCCCUUCAACAAGCACACCGGCCAGCUCUCCUGGUUUACCGCGCUUCACUCUGCCGCACUGAAGGGGAAUGCAAAGGCGGUCGUUUUGUUUCAUCUCCUCGGCUUCGACGUAAACUACUCGUGCAGUGCGAACCAACAGGAAUUUAUGCCUACGCCGAAAGGUGGUCAUGGUCUUGCUGCCGCAGCGGGAGGUUUGUACAAUAAGCCACUGCUGAAAGCGUCGCAGAGCGAAGAUCUCGACAGCUGCCAGCAAUUUUCCCCGAACGGAAGCACUACGUCCAGCAACUUUUUUGCCAGUGCCGUCCGGCGCGGCAGGUCGGCCUCGCACCAGUCGUCCGCGAGCGGGGUCAGUAUGAUCCACAACAAAUUGAUGCGCCAGCAAUUGCAGCUCGGGGGCUUACCGACGUCGAAGAGGGAACAAAACAUAGAUGAGCAAAAUGGUCCGGCAAACAACGCGAACAAUAGCGGAAGACCCGGGUCUUUGGAUACCACCUCCAACUCUUCUUCCGCGAGAAAUAACUAUCCGAACUCGUCCCGCAGCGUCUGUAGCACCGGUUUCGGCGCCGGAAUUGCGCACCGCCACGAGUCGCCCCUCUGGAUCGCCAUUCAGUACGGUCGCACGGAAGUGGUGCGGGCGUUGUUGCAGUGCGGAUGCGUGCCGAAGGAAAAUUCAAAAGGUAUCUAUAGGAAGAUGCAUUGAGCAGUAGAAAAUUUUUCUCUGUUGCUACUUGCAGUGAGUCAUAAGUUGCUCGCGUAUGAGUCAGUAUGUGACUUCUCGUAUGUUCACCAUUAUCAUCAUCGAGUGUGAUGACUACGAUCGAUGACAGGCGAGAGCCCCCUGCGCGUUGCCGAGCACCUCGGGUUUUCGGAGAUCGCGACGUUGCUGCAGGACUACUACAAUUGCCCGGGCGAACUGUACCACGAGACGUACUGUUUACCGACCGCUUCGACGGAUGUUUGGCGGCACGCGCUGGACAUCAGCUUUGACGCGGUGGACGCGCUGGCCGAGUUUAUCGAGCACGGGAAAGUGGUCGUCACCUCCUACGAGCAGCUGUGCGACUGGUACUACUACCUGGCGCCCGCCAACUGGGAGCGGGUCUUCGCGUUUUGGAGUCUCUACUGCGAACACAUGGAAGAGAAAAAGGUGGCUGGAGAUGUUACUGGUACUGGUUCUCCAACCGCAUCAAAUACUUGGUCCUCCUCCGGUAAUAUUUCCUCCACGCCACCGUUGCUCCGGAAACCCAGACCCCGCGUUAGCAUGAGCGCCGCGAGAUUCUCGGGGAAGAACCACCCGAUGCUUCUGUCGCACUACUCCCCAGAAAUGGAUGUUUCCAUCUGGAGCCCGAGUGGAAAUAGUAAAACUAGCGUCGGCGGGAUGAUGAACGCUAAAAAUGGCGAAAAUGCAGACCAGAAAGACCACGCUGGUCGAGCAUCUUCUGGGACUACUGGAACAAGCAUCAAUCAAGAUAGUGACCGACUCUCUUUGUCGCCCUCGACGCCGUCGCGAGAAGCCGCCGCCCAGCAGAAGCUGCAGAAUUUGCCCACAACACCUGAGCAGUUCACUCUCACUUCACCAAACGGUAAUCAUGUGUCUCUGACGAAGAGUGACGCGGAAGUGCAGAUGAAAUUGAAAACAAGACGCGAAGUAGGAGGCAACAUUGCGAUGAACAGGACCAGUAAAGAUCUUCACUACCUCGUCCACCAGCCGCCAAUUUUCGAGGAGAAGUGGUUUUGGGAGGAGGAAAAGCAGGCUUUUCCGGCUUCCUGGUAUCAAAUGCAAAUAUCCCUGGAUGUCUGGAAGGAUGCAACUUGUGAUGCUGCGUCUGGAUUCUACAAAAAUCUGUAUUGCAUGAAAAGCAAAGAAAAGAGGUCCAGUUUUUGCCACGCCGAGAGGGCAUUUCUCAUGCGGUAUGAGCAUCAGAAAGCCCUCGCUAAAUCUCUGAUGCUAGGGCAUGCAUCACAGACCUCAUGGGUCAUGCAAAAUCUGCAUGACAAACUCCUGCAUUCUUCCAGCCCCAGACAUUUUUGCAAUCCAUACCUGGGCGAGAGUAACGAAAACGGAGGACCCGGUAGAGCCGGAGGAACGGCAUGAAGAAGGAGGACAACCACUGCAUAAUACAUCUCCCGCCGAGGACCUGUAUCGGGCGAGUUUCGUCAGUUCCCAGUAUGAUCGGCCGUCCAAUAUCGCGAUCGACUUUGGCGUAUCAAAUGCAAAAAUGUCUGGGUCUGGAAGAAUGCCAGACUUGUCAUGCAGGUCUUCCAUGACCCAUGAGGUCUGGUAUGUAGGACAUAGCAUGACAGAUUCUGUGAGAGUUCUAUGAUGCCUAUCCUGCAUGAGAAACUGCCUCUCGAUUAGGUCAAAAGUGGACAGCUUUUGGUAAUGAUGCAACACAGAUUUUUACAUGAUUCAGAGUUAGCAUGACAACCUGCUUUGUUCCAGACCCAGACGCAUUUGCAUUUGAUAUGGCGGCCGCCCGUCGGACGCUUCGAGGACGGAUGAUUUUUUUGCAAACGCGUACCUGCACUCCUCAGACUACUUGCUGCCGGGCCGGAGGAAUUCCGAGCCGGACGAUUUUCCCCGACCGGUCACUGAAGUUUGAGUUUUUUUGUAAAAUGUUGAGAAAUUGUACGUGCUAAAACUAACCCCAACGGUGAUAGUGCUACUCUAGCUGCGCACCUGCACAACAACAAUUUGCGAGUUGCUCUCGUAGCAUGGAUUUGCGUUUCUUUUGGCAGAACAAACUUGAUGGAAUGAAUUUUAUGCACCUUGCCACAUCUUCUUUUCGUGUAUGAUUGAUGCUCAUUUUGUUUCGACAUUUGCUUGUAUUUUGAAAAAUCAAUGCACUUCUGCAUGCGCAUGAACAGUCACGUCAUUUUUUUGUGGUCUUUGCAACGUCACUUAGUGCUGCCAGCUGCAGCCGUCUUCACACAUAAAUCAUAGAAAAAUUUACGUUACCAUUUCCAAGAAGAAGUAAGCCACAUAGAAAUUCUUUCC